CUCCGCAGAGCGCCCUGUGGCGCCCAUGGCGGGGGCCGCCCCGGCCACGGCCUUCGGGCAGGCGGUGAUCGGGCCGCCGGGCUCGGGGAAGACCACGUACUGCCUCGGCAUGAGCGAGUUCCUGCGCGCGCUGGGCCGGCGCGUGGCGGUGGUGAACCUGGACCCGGCCAACGAGGGGCUGCCCUACGAGUGCGCCGUGGACGUGAGCGAGCUGGUGGGACUAGGCGAUGUGAUGGACGCGCUCCGACUGGGGCCCAACGGCGGCCUGCUCUACUGCAUGGAGUACCUGGAGGCCAACCUGGACUGGUUGCGCGCCAAGCUCGACCCCCUCCGAGGCCACUAUUUUCUUUUCGACUGCCCGGGACAGGUGGAGCUCUGCACGCACCACGGCGCGCUACGCAGCAUUUUCUCCCAGAUGGCGCAGUGGGACCUCAGGCUGACUGCUGUCCACCUGGUGGAUUCUCACUACUGCACAGACCCGGCCAAGUUCAUUUCGGUGCUGUGUACCUCUUUGGCCACCAUGCUGCAUGUGGAGCUGCCCCAUGUCAACCUUCUCUCCAAGAUGGACCUCAUAGAGCACUAUGGGAAGCUGGCCUUCAACCUGGACUACUACACAGAGGUCCUUGACCUAUCCUACCUGCUUGACCACCUGGCUUCUGACCCUUUCUUCCGGCAUUACCGGCAGCUGAAUGAGAAGCUGGUGCAGCUCAUUGAAGACUACAGCCUGGUCUCCUUCAUCCCUCUCAACAUUCAGGAUAAGGACAGUAUUCAGCGCGUCCUGCAGGCUGUGGAUAAAGCCAAUGGCUACUGCUUCGGGGUUCAAGAGCAGCGAAGCCUAGAGGCCAUGAUGUCAGCUGCCAUGGGAGCCGACUUCCACUUCCCCUCCACCCUGGGCCUCCAGGAGAAGUACCUGGCCUCCUCAGAUCAAUCUGUGGAGCAGGAAGCCAUGCAGCUAUAGCAGCAAGCUGAGCUCUGGAGAGCUGUCAUGGCAAGAAGCCAGCGCUCGGGUCUGAGGGAGGCAGAGCCAAGGACGCAGGCCACAGCCAGAGCUGGAGGACUAUGAGGAUGUUCAGCCCAGCAAAAGACUGCUAACCAAAAGACCCCGGGCCCAGCAGAGCGACCGCCAGAUCUUUAUCACCCUCGGUGCUUCGAGCUCUGGGGGCUGCUGCCAGGAUUGCCGCAGUGACUACACUUCCAAACUUCAUGGAAGAGAGGAGAGCAGGUUGAUGACAGACAAGGGACCCCCACCUUCCCUGGGAGGAGCUCUCUCUCCACUCAUGAUGCUCCCCCAAGUACAGGCCUUACUGGGUGCUGCUAUCACAGGCAACCUUUCCUCCUUGUAACAUCUUAAGAACUUGGCAUUUUCACUGUGUUAAUUUCUUGGUUUUAAUUGUUUUGGGCAAGUAUUAACCUAGUUUUUCAUUUAUAGCAAUUAAAA